UUGUGGUAACUACGGACAUUAUCAGCAGAGAAUCAUUGUGUCGAUCGAAGUCGUAGUGGUUAUGCUCCAAGAAGAGGUUAUCGAGGAAAUCAACGAACAACGAGGCAACCCCCGUGGUAAUCAUCGUGGAAACAAUAGAGGGUAUCAUCGAGGAAACUUUAGAAGAAGUCACUGAAGAGGAAGUAAUUGAGGCUCUAGAGAUCGACAGCACCAGUCAAGUGAUGGAAUUGCUGGUACUUUCGUUGCUCAGGUAAACUGUUCGACACUAGAAGAAGGUAAUCCGUCUU